CAAAAAUUCAGUUUGGUGUCUAAUUUUAUUUUCCCAGUGUUUUUAUCUUUUGGGAAAAAGACGAAAAAAGUCCACAAAAAAUUGCUUUCUGUGGCGAUUUCCGCUGGAGGGAGUCAUGCAGAAGUACGAGAAGUUGGAAAAGAUUGGUGAAGGCACGUACGGGACGGUGUUUAAGGGGAAAAAUCGCGAUACUCUGGAGAUAGUGGCGUUGAAGCGUGUCCGGUUGGAUGAGGAUGACGAGGGGGUACCGAGUUCAGCUUUGCGGGAAAUUUGCCUCCUGAAGGAGCUGAAACACAAAAACAUCGUCCGCCUGUACGACGUCCUGCACUCAGAUAAGAAGCUAACGCUGGUGUUUGAGCACUGUGAUCAGGAUCUCAAGAAGUACUUUGACAGCCUCAAUGGGGACAUUGACUUGGACGUGGUGAAGAGCUUCAUGUACCAACUGCUGCGUGGAUUGGCCUUCUGCCACAGCCACAACGUCCUCCAUCGUGAUCUCAAGCCACAGAAUUUGCUCAUCAACAAGAAUGGGGAGUUAAAAUUGGCUGAUUUUGGCCUUGCGCGGGCUUUUGGGAUUCCAGUUAAGUGCUACAGUGCCGAAGUGGUCACCCUGUGGUACCGUCCACCUGACGUCCUCUUCGGCUCGAAGCUCUACACAACGAGCAUCGACAUGUGGUCAGCGGGAUGCAUUUUUGCGGAGCUGGCAAAUGCCGGACGACCCCUUUUCCCGGGAUCCGAUGUUCUGGAUCAGCUCAAGAGAAUCUUCAAACUUCUCGGGACACCAACAGAGGAAACCUGGCCCGGUGUUACCCAGCUGGCAGACUACAAACCCUUCCCACUCUACCAUCUCACAACGUCCUGGAGUCAAGUGGUGCCACGCCUAAACUCCAAGGGGCGCGAUCUCCUGCAGAAACUCCUCGUAUGUCGUCCCAAUAUGAGAAUAAGUGCCGAACAAGCAAUGGCACAUCCCUAUUUCAGUUCAAAUUGAGAUCUUUCCCCGCGGAAGGUUACAAAAGUUCCCUCGUCGACAAUUCUUACAAUAUUAUACUCUGUCUCUCCAAGAAAAAAAAAAGAAACCUAUAAAUACU